AUGGCUACCCCAUCGACCAUUACAAUGAGUAAGGGCCUUUUCACGGGCAAAUGGGUGAUUGACAAACGAUUUUCACCCUCUCCAGAGCCAGGAUUAAAAGUUCAAGGAAUCACUUGGGUUCUACGCAAGGCAGUGGCUCUCGCUGUGGUGACCCUGCACAUCUCCAUCUCAUCACCCUCAGCCAGCCACUUAUCCAACACCACUGGCUCGCAGCUUCCCUUGCAGGAGGAACUGUAUCUUGCAGUUCUGCAAGUGCCCACCGCGGGGCUGGCACCAAUUCCUGAGACGAGGAUCCUGGACUGGGAUCGACGGGCGCCUCUGAGAGAUUUUUUGUUUGGGGCCCGCCAAUCUCGGAAUCGCUUCGUCCCUGGUAAAAGGGGGCUGUCUGGCCGUAUUGUGCCUGAUGUUGUUCCCGAGACGGCGAUUAAUGACGAGUUGAUUGGCCAGAUGCUGAGAGGGGAGAUUCUCCCUGGUCAGGAGCAUGGAAGUGGGUUUCUGGUGGAGGGUGACGGUGAAGGGGCUGAGAAUCCGGGGCUCUGGAUUCAUAGUUUCGAUUCUCGGGAGGAUGGGACGUGGACUGUGGAGCAGGUUUGGGGCUUUGAGCUGGUUGGUGGGGAACGAUACCAUACGCGACGGUUUGUGGUUGCGAAUAGAGAUGGUGUUUUUGAGAUGGGUCGCAUUGUUUUCUCGUAUCUGGGGCCUCUUUAG